AAUCUGGAUUCUCUCCCGUCCCUCCUGCAGGUCUCCAAAGUGAACGGACUGACGCGGGCCGGUGCCAAAAAAGCGAAAGACUACCGACUGCCGUCCAAAACUGUGAAGUACACAGCCUCCGUGUCCAAGGGCCACGUCACGUACACCAAAGCCAAACGAGAACUGGUCAAGAAAGCCAAACUGAACCAGAGCAAACACAGCCCGGCGUCCACCGCCACCAACAAUCACCCCUACCCCCCCCCACCCUCCGGUGCCAGCAACGGUCACCACCAGCUUGCGCCCCUCGCCAACUCAGGAAAACCCCCCCAGUACAGCAAUGCAAAAACCCGCAAACAGGUGCUACUAUCCAACGGGGCGGCGCACAAGGUGGCCAACGGGGCGGGCGCCCGCCUCAACGGCCGGCUGAACGGGCAGCGCCACGCCGCCGGCCAGGACGGGGAGGGGCAUCAGGGCCGCGAGGGCCUGCGGAACUCCAAGCGGCGCCUGGAGGUGGCGCUCACGAGCCUGGGGGCGGGGCCAGGGGGCAAGGGGAAGGUUUCGGCCGCGGAGGGCAAGAAGGCCAAGCUGCUGCAGGCCGCGCCCCUGGAGACGCGCAGCAAGAAGGCGUCCAAUCAGGAGAAAGCCGCCGCCCUAGCCGCCGCCGCCGCCCCCGCCUCGGUCCCCAACGGGCACGCCGGCGUCACGGAAACCCCUCCGCCCGCCCCCCCUCCUCCUCCUCCCCCCCCGCCGCCCCCCGCCCCGCCCUCCUCCUCCUCACCAGCAGCCAAUCCGGAGCCGGAGCGCCAGCGGCCCAAGCGGGCGUCGGCCGGCAAACUGAUGUUAAUACGACAAGCACAGCAGCAGAGCAGGUCUCACAGCAGAAGCCACUCCUCCCCCUCCUCCUCCUCCCCGGGCCCCCACCAGAACCAGGGCCGGGCCGCCGCCGCCACCACUACCUCAGCCCCCCAGCCUCCCAGCCCCGCGCCGGGGAACACCCCGCCCAAACCGGCCGCCGAGCCCCGGGCCGACCGGGAGAAGGAGCGGGAGCGCGAGCGCAGCCGGGCGGGCUGGGCGGCUCUGGCCGAGGCCCCCGUGUGCCGGCCGGCCCCCCGCGAGUUCCAGGACCCCCUGGUGUACCUGGACGCGGUGCGGGAGCGGGCGGAGGCGGGCGGCGGCGUGUGCCGCGUGGUGCCGCCCGCGGACUGGAGGCCCGAGUGCAAGCUGAGCGAGGAGAUGCGCUUCGUCACGCAGGUGCAGCGCGUGCACAAGCUGGGCCGCCGCUGGGGCCCCAACGUGCAGCGGCUGGCCUGCAUCAAGAAACACCUCAAAUCUCAGGGCAUCGCCAUGGACGACCCGCCGGUCAUCGGUGGCUGCGAGGUGGACCUGGCGCGCUUCUUCCAGCUCAUCAACGACAUGGGCGGCAUGCAGCAGGUGAUGGACCUGAAGAAGUGGAGCCGCCUGGCCGACCUGCUGCGCAUCCCCAAGUCGGCCCAGGACCGGCUGGCCAAGCUGCAGGAGGCCUACCUGCAGUACCUGCUCUCCUACGACUCCCUGAGCCCCGACGACCGGCUGCGGCUGCAGGCCGACGUGCUGCGGGAGAAGGAGGCCCUGGAGCGCCGCCGCGGCCCCCUGGAGGGCCACUCGGACCCCCAGGGGCCGGCGCUGGGCCUGGCGCUGGGCCUGCCACGCUACGAGCCCAAGAACGGGCUGGCCGGCGGGGUGCUGGGGGCCGCCGUGGGCGCCGCCCACCACCACCGCCACCGCAGCAACGGCGUGUGCGCCGGGGGGCGGCCCAAGGAGCUGGACGGCGGGCCGCAGGGGAAGGUGGGGCGCCGGAGGCUGUUCGCUCAGGAAAAACGCAAGGAGGAGAGAGAGAGGGGCGAGGAGGAGGAGGAGGACGAGGAGGAGGAGGAGGAGGAGGAGGAAGAGCGCGGGGUUCUCUCUGACCAGCACAAGUGUAUUUAUAAGGGGAAAUCGGUGUCGCUGACCAACUUCUUCAGGAUAGCCAGAAACACCAUGACCAUGUGCUUUAACAAGGAGCCUGGAGCCAGUGAGGUCGAGCAAGAGUACUGGAGGAUAGUGGAGGAGCGCGACUGCCACGUGGCAGUGCAUUAUGGGAAAGUGGACACGAGUACGCAUGGGAGCGGCUUCCCUGUGGGAAAGUCAGAGCCAUUUUCAAAACACGGAUGGAACCUCACCGUCCUUCCCAACAACUCUGGAUCCAUUCUGAGGCAUCUAGGUGCUGUUCCCGGGGUGACCAUUCCAUGGCUGAACAUCGGAAUGGUCUUUUCUACCUCAUGCUGGUCUCGAGACCAAAAUCGCCUUCCAUACAUUGAUUACUUACACACUGGUGCUGACUGCAUUUGGUAUUCCAUCCCUGCUGAGGAGAAAAGUAAGCUAGACAAGGUGGUGCACAGGCUGCUGCAGGCCAACGGCACCCCCGGCCUGGAGAUGCUGGAGAGGAACAUCAUGAUCUCUCCGGAGCUGCUGUGUCGCGAGGGCAUCCAGGUGCAGCGCACGGUGCAGCAGAGCGGCCAGUUCGUGGUUUGCUUCCCGGGGACCUUCGUGUCCAAGGUGUGCUGCGGCUACAGCGUGUCGGAGACGGUGCCCUUCGCCACCCCCCAGUGGAUGAACCUGGGAUACCAGGCUGCUAAGGAUCUGAAGUGUCGUCACAUAGCCAAACCCUUCUCCAUGGAGAAGCUCCUGUACCAGAUCGCCACGGCCGAGUCCAAGCGUGACAACGGCGUCCUCCUGACCGCCAUCUCCGCCCUCCUCAAAGACCUCAGGAACAUAGAGAUGAAACAGCGGCAGGAGCUGUUUGAGGCGGGGCUUCUCUCCUCCGCCCGCUACGGCUCCCACGACAACAACCAGGCGUUCGGCGACAGCAGGAAGAAGCCGCGCAAGUGGCCGGCGCUGGAGUCAUCAGAGCGCCGCUGCCAGAUAUGCCUGCACCUGUGUUACCUGUCCAUGGUGGUCCAGGAGAAUGAGAAUGUCGUGUUCUGUUUGGAAUGCGCCCUGCGCUACGUGGAGAAACACAAGUCCUGCAGAGGCCUAAAGAUGAUGUACCGCUAUGACGAGGAGCAGAUCAACAGCCUGGUGAGCCAGGUGUGUGGGAAGGCCGUGGUGAAGAAGGGGGCCGUCCUGGAGGCGUGUAACGGGGGCAGCCCCAUCAAGCGGCCCAAGCGCGGCCCCCGCAAGCGGGCCACGGUGGAGGUGUCCCUGUCCCGCAUCUCGCCCGCCCACCUCGCCAAGAGCUCUGCCACGGCCGCCGUGUCCUGAGGGGGGGGCGGGGGCCGUCCGAGGUCCUCGUGCCCCUCCCCUUUCUUACUUUCGAGAAUCACUAGAGCCCCCGUUUCUUUUUCUUUCUUUUUUCCACAAAUUGAUUUGAAGCUUUUAAUGCCCCGUUCCCCUCCCCUCCCUCCCCCCCAAACACACACAGACACGUAGACGUCCCCAAAAAUGACCUCCCCGUCCCAUUUCACACCCACCCCCCUUAGUAUGGCAACCUUGUUUUUAAGAGCAAGCUGUCUUUUUUGCACUAGCGCGAAAGAAGUUCGUUUUUUGUUUUGAGGUUCCUUUCAUUUGUUUUGUGGUUUGCUGGUUUUGAAGUUGUCCUUAGCAUUAAGUGAUAGGUUCACAGGUACAAGUGACGCCCCCCCCCCCCCCCACUUCACCUGCCAAACCAUCACCUGACACCCCCCCCCCCCCCCCCAUUUCUGAAUAGGUCAAUUUGGUGACCUGUCAGCUGUCUGACUCCGCCCCUUAGACUGCAUUCUCUAAUCCCCUGCCUCACCAUCGCGUCACUGUGAACUGUGAACACAAGGUGGAACAAGAAGAGCGGUCUUUUGCUAGUUUUUUUAUUGAAACGACACGAGUAGUACCCAAAGUCUGACUGUCUUGAUGCAGCUCCUGGUCGAAAAGGGGGGAGGUGAUCCCAGGUGAAACUUGAAAGACAGACGUUGUUUUUUGGCUGACUUUUUUUAUUUGGAUUUUAGCUGUCAUUCAUUUUAAUGUUUUGUUUUUUGUUUUUUUGCGAAGAUCUUCUGUCUUUUCUACUUAUUCCUCAAUCUUUCUUUCCCUUGGUGGACAUGAGGCAGGCAGGGCAACGUCAGUUUGACCCCAAAAAGGAGGCUGCCGCUGGUCUCUCACUUCCUGGUUGUAUGGAGGGAUCCCUCUUUUGCUAGCGAGUGAAAACUGUGCCUAAUACUUAGCAAGGAGAUCCAUUGUUUUUGGUGCUGUUGGUUAUUAUUACUGUAUAACAAUACAAAAGAAAAUAUUGGGGGCGCACCGGCUACCAGUCGGCAUGCCCCCUCCCACAGGUCGGGGAAGCUCUUAGGCCUCUCUCCGGUUCUAGAUGUGCAAUCGUGUUAACAUUCCAUUCUUCCAGUCCUCUUGUUUCAGCUGUACCAGUAAACAUUAAUUAUUAUAUAUUAUUAUUAUUAUUAUUUUGUGUUUUUGAUUUGUUUAGUUUUCUUGUUCUGAUGUGCUAUCUCGAGUAGAGCCACUAGUCAAAGAGUGUAAAAUGUGAAAUAUGAAAGUCCAAGUUUUUUUUUUUCUCCUCUGCUUUCUGCUUUUUCCCUUUUCCAAAUGUUUAAUGAGUGAUUUAGCAGAACGUUCUGACACAAACAACAUCAACUUUUGUACAUAAUCCUGUAAAUGUCUUUAAAUACUUGAGCCUUGUUUUUUGGGGUGAAGGAAGAAAGGAAGAGAGAGGAAGGUUGGGGAGGGGAGUGCUCGAUGAAGAAAAAGCCUUACACUUCAAUUUCUUCAUCCGUGUGAGUUUGAUGCUUACAGGGUCGCUCUGGUCCCGUGUAUAAAGUUUUAAGUGCUGCUUAUAUCACUAAGAAAGAGGAUAGGGAGUAGCGACGCCCCCCCCCCCCCUUUUUUUUUUUUUUUUUUAGUUUUGUUUGUUUAGCUUUACUUUUUUAAAGAAAAGGGAAAAAUAUGUUCACAAAAAAAUCCUGGGUUUUUACAUUUUCAUUACUGAAAAUUCAACAAUGUAGUAGCUACUCAUGUUGCACUGAGCUUGUCAGUGGUGACUGUCAAGGAAAAUCCUAUAAUCCAGUUUGUUGGUUGUCGUCCCUUGCAGAAGACUGAACUGUUUUAGGAGUAUUUAAGGAAAUGCCAAGUCGGGUGUUUUCAACAAAAAAAACCUAAAAAACUAAAAACAUGGUUGUCAAGUUUUUAUGGCCUUACAAUGUAAUCUAUUCAUACAGGAUUUUUUUUUCUUUUCUUUUUUUUGCAGUUUGAUAUUUUUUUUCUUUUUUUAUACAGUCUAAACUAUUUGCUCAAAAUCUGGUCUCUGGCGAGUUAAUUUAUUAGCGCAGCAUUUUAGCCUUUCCCUACACUUGGAAGGCAUUUCAUGUUGGUUAUAUUGACUGUUUUUUACUUUUGCAGUUUGUACUUAAGGUUUAAUAAAAACGUAUGGACAAUUCCCUGUCAUUUUU